CACACACACACACACACACACACACACACACACACACACACACACACACACACACACACACACAUUCACACCCCAUAACAGAGAAAUUCAAACACACAGGAGUUCAGUUAAUGGCCAUAUUCUGAGUUAAGGUAAGGCCACAGUGUGGAUUUCUCUUAAUAUUAAUACUGAGGACCUCAGUCUAUAGACUUCUUUUGACUCAAAGCAAGCGAGGAUUGCCAUAGGGUCCAGAACUGGGCUUGGACCCUGGCUUGGAAGGCUGCCAUAUUGGCCUUGGAAUGGAAGAGGACUUUGCACAGUGCCUUGAACAAUACUUGGAACCUGAUUAGAGAGGAUGCCACAUUGGCCUCUGGAGAAGAAGUCUCAGUUAGGAACAGGGCUUGGAGCUCAGUGAAGGGUGGCGUCGUUUAGCAUUUGGAGAACGCUCUGUGCUUGAGGUGGGGUUCAUCAUGGAAAAGGGCUUGGAGAUCCGAAUUGGAUGGCAUUUGUCAGCCACAGGAGGGAGCUCUUGAGCAUUGAAGGCCAUCAUGUUGGCCUCUUAAGGAAGCUCUUGAGCAAGAAGGGGCUUCCCACUUCAGCAAAAUGCAAUACCCAAUUGAGGGUUCGGCCAUUCAGGCAAGACGUUCCAAACCUCAGACACUGUUCUUCCUUGGGCUUGGGGUUUGGUACGUUAGAAAAGCAGCAUUGGGCCAGAACAUGAACAGAAUGCUGCCAGAGCCAUGCACUGAAUCAUGAGAGAAUUGUGACAGGACCUUGUUAAACAGACCACUUUUGACUAAAACAUUUGUCAUUAGCAUCACAGUAAAAGUUAAUGCUACAUUCGUCCAAAGAUCGAAAAAACUUUUGACAUAAAUCUAUAAUACUGACUCUACACGAGACCGUUCAAACUUUGUAGCUAAAACACACAAUGGAUAAAAACGGCAGAUUUUUAUAUAUCCUUUUAUUUUUAUAUAUUAAUAUACUGCUAUAAAACUGUUAUAGACAACAUUUCAAGCAGUUCAUUCUUAUGCAUUUUGCAUAUUUUUGUUUAAAAGUUCAGUGUAAACAUGCAGAACUUUAACCGAGUGAUUAACAGUGACUCACACAGACGUCUCACUAAAUCUUUUUUCCCUCCUUUAAGCCGACAGGAUGUAUUUCUCGUAUGACAGCGUCCCCUAAGUCCCCGAAGUCCCCAAGGAGCCACCUGUGGUUGCGUGUAUGGAGUACUCUUGUGAGGUUCAGGGCUGUGAGUGUGUGUGUCAGUAUAGAAAGUGUGACAGCAGGACACGUCCACUCUACGAGACCGCCUGCUGUAAAAUUCUGAAGGAUUCUGGCUGCCAAAAUGCCUCCUGUCCUGAGAUUCCCACUCCGCCUUGUCCAGCAGACUCCUUCAUUAGUCAGCCCUACACUGAACCUGGUCAGUGCUGCCCCAUUAUACCUGCUCUAUGCACCUGCAACUUCAAAACCUGCGCUCCAAAACCCCAAUACUGCCCUGAGGGUGGAUAUCCCAGACUUGUUGCGAAGGGUAACGGCCACCCGGGGAACUGCUGUGACCUCUAUGAAUGUACGAAAGAAGAGGAUUAAUUAGGACAUGGACACACACACACACACACACACGCACACACACACACACACACACACACACACACACACACAUUGAUUACAUUCAGGGGUUUGUUACCUCAAGGAGAUAAGAGGAAAACCUUGCGAAAGUGCAUCAGAUCAUCCUGAAUGAUUCAUCGCUAAUCUCUGGUUCUGUCUUCUUUUAACUGAGCUCAGGGACGUACUUUUAUUCUGAGUCAUUAUAUCUUCGAUGAUUAUUUUUGGAGACAAGAUAAGCUUUGCAUUUACACUUUCAAAGUCAAAUCAUUUGCUCCAGUGUAUCAAUGAAAACUAUAUACAGUUCAAUAAAAGAGUAAUAAAUCAUC